AUGUCUCUCCGCCGCCUUCUCCAGCUGCUUGCCAUCAUGUGGCAGGGCUACGUGCAUUCGUUCGUGCUCCCCCUCGUAGUGGCGCUGCCCAACGCCAUCGCCGACCUGGUUGUCGCGGCCACCAUGAUGACGACUCGAGUCUUCGUCCGUGGGGACCGUUUGAACGCCCGAUGGCGUUGGAUGCGACUGCUGCAGCAGCUUCCCGACGCCCGCUUUUACGAUUACCUGCGCGUUGACCGUCGCGUUUACGUCUACCUCGUGCGGCAUUACGAGCUCAGUGGAUUCGGGCGACCGAACCAGCCCGACGGCAACUUUGUGAAAGUGGCGUUGGCACUCACUCGGAUGGGACAUGGAUGGAGCUACAGGGAGCUCGGCCUUCACUUUGGAUUCAGUGUCUCCUACGCCAAAAAAGUCUACGACAUCUUCAUCGUGUUUGUGACGACCUGGCUGGUCCCGAAGUGGGUUAAGUGGCCAACGCCCGACGACUUGGGGCGUAUGGCGGCGGAAUUUCGCAUGAGAGGAGGCAUCCCCGGAGUCGUGGGCGCCAUUGAUGGAACCGUAGUCACUAGCAGCAAACGCCGCGUCUUGAUCACCUAG